CUAUCUGUCUGGAGGGCUGCAGCGAGAGGAACGGAAACUGCUCCAGACCUGGCGAGUGUGUAUGCAGAGACGGCUGGCAAGGCACGUUCUGCGACGAGUGUAAGAAGUACCCGGCCUGUAAGCACGGCACCUGCCAGCUGCCAUGGCAAUGCAACUGUCAGGAGGGCUGGGGAGGCCUAUUAUGUGACCAAGAUCUAAACUUCUGCACCCAUCACCAUCCCUGUGUCAAUGGCGCCACCUGCAUGAACACAGGCCAGGGGAGCUACACGUGUACGUGCCUGCCGGGUUUCACCGGGGUCAACUGUGAGCUGGAGAUGCAGGAGUGUGACAGCAACCCCUGCAGGAACGGAGGGAUAUGCACAAAUUUGGAGAGCGGCUACAUGUGCUCGUGUCCCCAAGGUUUUGAGGGCUCCCACUGCGAGCACAGCCUGCUGACAUGCGCCGAUUCCCCCUGCUUCCACAGCGGCAAGUGCUGGGAGAAGGACAAUGGCCGCAGCUACAUGUGCGAGUGUCCCCGGGGCUACACCGGACUCAACUGUGAGAAAAGAGUGGACAAGUGCACGUCGCUUCCCUGCGCUAAUGGUGGUCUGUGUCUGAUCCAUGGUGGCAUGCGUGUGUGCAGCUGCCGUGCAGGAUUUAUCGGCCAGCGUUGCGAAAUCAACAUCAACGAGUGCGCCGGCAACCCCUGCCUCAACGGAGGCACCUGCCAAGACAGAAUCAACGACUACACCUGCACCUGUCCUGCGGGUUACGGCGGACGAAACUGCGAAAGACUCCUGGACGAGUGCUCCCUCCGCCCUUGUCUCAAUGGCGGGCUCUGCACUGGUGGCGGCGGGCCGGGGAAGCCUCCCAUCGCCUGCAUCUGCCCCUCCGGCUUCACCGGGCCCCGCUGCGAGUUCUUUGCCGCCGUGACCUCUCCCGUGACCAACCCGGAGAUUAAAGAUGGCUUUCAGUGGGCGGCGGUGUCUCUGGCCAUUGGGCUUGUGGCUCUGCUCGUGCUGCUAUGCAUGGUGGGCCUGGCUCUGAGGCACAUCCACAGGCAGGCCCGAAGGGAGGGAGGGGACACGGAGACAAUGAACAACCUGUCUAAUUUCCAGAGGGAUAACCUGAUCCCGGCGUCACAGCUGAAAAACACCAAUCAGAAAAUCGGCCUGGAGGUGGACUGCGAUUCAGAGAAAUCGAACUUUAUCCAUAAAAACUAUCACUUGGACUCGUACAACUCGAAAUCGAAAGAGUUCAAGGAUGAAAAGUCCCAAGAGGAUAAAAGUCUUAUUUACGACAAGUGUUUAGAAGAUAAAAUCCCCUUGAGUAGAAUGUACAGUGAAAAGCCAGAGUGUAGGAUAUCAACAAUAUGCUCCUCAAGAGACUCCAUGUACCAGUCGGUAUUUGUUAUAGCGGAGGAGAGGAGGGAAUGCGUCAUAGCAACAGAGGUAUAAACUGAGGGUUCUGAACGCGAGGGGGGACAAGCAACGACACAAUCGAGGCAGAACAUAAUAUUCUGGAUUGUUUACAAAUGCUGAGAAGAGACUGGAGAUUGUUUUAGAUGUCCACUGCUGCUCUGGAACACUUGAGAACUGGAAAGGGGCAGAAACCUCUGCUCUGCAAAACAGAACAGAACUGAGAAAAUAACUCUUAUGUCGACCGAGUGUUUGUAUGCAAAACAUGUACAGUGAAGGACCUCUCUUGGUUGUGACAAUGGUUAAAAGGACUGACUGGCGAAAAAAGACUGACGACACAAGGCGUGAAGACGUAACAGAGCACCGGUGAAAAUAUUAAUUUAUCAUUUCCGCCAUCCUGGACAGUGGGAAGGAGGCGCUGGUGGAUCGUCUCCCCCCUCAUACCUUACCCGGCCUUGUGUGAUAAUCAUGAUGACUUUGACAGCCAACCAAUCAGUUAUAAAGGUGCCUAAGAAGUGACCCCUCCAAACCUAUCCCCCUUCACACACACACACACACACCCGCCAGCUUCGCCUGCUAUGCAAGACUCAGGGUCGAGACGCGUGAACUCACCCACCGUCGCAAUCCAACCUCACGAACACUGAGAGUUAUGAAUGUCUGAAACUAAUCUUCAACUGUCAAUCAACGUGAAAAUGACUGGUUGGAAUUUUUCCAUGCAAUGGUGAAGAUUGUAUGCAGCCCAAAUUCACUAGAAGCCUUAAAAAAAAACGAGGGGGUCUGAAUGCUAAAUUUGUGCCCUUGUCUGUUCUUGGAUCAUUUGCACUACAAGAAAAAAACUAAAACAACAGCGACAGGGUGGGGGGGUGGGGAU